UUGGGACCAAAGUCCAACACAGCAUGCCUGUGAUUUCAGGAAGUGACUUGACGGGAUCUUGUGGAGAAAUCGCUCUAUAAACAGUGAUGGAGAUCAGUGUUGUGUUGCUGUGUGUGACGCUGGCAGCCAGUGUGACACCAGCGUCUGCUGCAGCAGAGCCAGGUAUCAUAGAGAGCCUGCUACUGGCCACCAACCAGCGUCCAUGGCUCUGGGGUGUCUAUAUCUUCACAGUUGGACUUCCCAUCAUUCUCUUCAUCAGCAUCAUGUGGCCUGACAUGCGGUUUGGGCCUCCUGAUGACCAGUAUUACUACAAGAAGUCUGAUGACACUCAACCAGAUGAUCCUGACACCUCACAGUGGACAGAGCCGUUACAAACCAAAGCCGGAGAAACAGUAACAAGAAGAAGGGAAACCCAGAGUUACCAGAGGAAGUCAGAGUUAGAAUCCUGAAGUGCAACGACCUCAGGAGAUGAAGCCCUGACAGCCUACAACAGGAUGGAAUAGGAUGGAAUAUUUUGCCAAUCACACAGAUGACUGGACAAAACAAAACUGUUUUUAAACAAAGACUGAUUCAUUAUAUUGCAUUAUGGCUUUUCCUUCAUGAAACCUAGUAUUUUCAGAUUCAUUUAUAAUUUAAAAUAUGUUUGAUAUUUGUAAAUGUUUCAAUUAGGUAAAUUACAAUAAAG